UAGUAGUGUCCAUUACCGUGGCUGGGAGCAACGGGGCACCGGGCAGCUGUGGUGAGGCUGUUUCCAAGGCCCUUGAUGUCUUGCGAACGACAUCUUGAACGAGUUCGGAUUUGGCUGCCUUCAGCAGUAUUAUUUGAAGGCAGCAGUGUUGUGGCAUCACUUCUUUUGGGAGCAGCACGUGGCAGCUGGUGUUUGUGGCGAUGGCUGGGAUUGGGGAUGAUGACUGGGCAGUGCCGGCGCCGGGUUCCAGGUAGUCCACGUGAGUCCCCUAGAGCAGGGCCCCUACCAGCACACUGGGUCGCCGCGGCCAACACGCACCAGCGGGACGCAGAGGGAACUCUGCCGCCCUGCGAGAGAGCGGGAUCACCGGGAGGAUGCUGCUGGACCUUCCGGCCUGCGCCCCCGAGCUCAUCCGCGUCUGCUGUCCAGCUGAGCGACUGGAAGUGCUGGCGUGCCUGACAAAGCUGCCACAGCAGCACGUGGAGGUGAUGAAGGUUUUUAACGAUCCUAUUCAUGGGCACAUUGAAUUGCACCCCCUGCUUGUUCGGAUCAUCGACACCCCUCAGUUCCAGCGCCUCCGGUACAUCAAGCAGCUGGGUGGCACCUACUUUGUUUUUCCAGGAGCCUCUCACAACCGCUUUGAACAUUCCUUAGGAGUUGGCUACCUUGCAGGAUGUCUGGUUCGUACACUGAAGGAGAGGCAACCAGAACUGGAUAUAACCCAGCGGGACAUCCUCUGUGUAGAAAUUGCUGGGCUUUGUCAUGAUUUGGGUCAUGGGCCAUUUUCACACAUGUUUGAUGGAAGAUUUAUUCCACUCACUCGUCCAGGUUUGAAGUGGAAGCAUGAAACUGCUUCUGUUCAAAUGUUUGAGCACUUGAUCACUUCCAAUAAACUUGAAGAAGUCAUGAAGUUUUAUGGUCUUGUUCUGGAGGAAGAUAUGCUAUUCAUCAAGGAACAAAUAGGAGGGCCUAUAGAUGAAACUGCCUGUGUGGGAUCGUGGCCCUACCGUGGUCGACCAAAGGAGAAAAGUUUCCUCUAUGAGAUUGUAGCUAAUAAAAAAAAUGGCAUUGACGUUGACAAGUGGGAUUAUUUUGCAAGGGACUGCCAUCAUCUGGGAAUCCCAAAUAAUUUUGACUAUAAGCGAUUGCUUAUCUUCACUCGGGUCUGUGAAGUGGAAAGCCAGAAGCACAUCUGUACCCGUGACAAGGAAGUUGCAAAUUUGUAUGAAAUGUUCCACACUCGGAAUUGCCUGCACCGGAGAGCUUACCAGCAUAAGACUGGCAACAUCAUUGAAAUAAUGAUAACAGAAGCCUUUCAAAAAGCAGACAAAUUUUUUGAAAUAAGAGGCUCUGGAGGAAAAGUGUAUCAGAUUUCUACAGCAAUGGAGGACAUGGAAGCCUACACUAAAUUAACUGACUGUAUCUACCUGGAAAUUCUGCACUCAAGUCAUCCGGAACUGGAAGAGGCACGAGAAAUUUUGCGUAAAAUAGAACGACGUGAAUUAUACAAGUUUUUAGGAGAGACUCGACCUGAAUCAAAGAAGGGAGUUGUGAAGAGCAGUGGCCUGGCAGAAAGCAUUGCUAAUUCCAAGCCAGAGAAGGACCCUCCAGAUGUGGAGCUAAAGGCUGAGAAUUUCAUAGUUGAUAUUAUCAGCAUUGAUUAUGGAAUGAAGGAACAGAAUCCAAUUGAUAAGGUUCAUUUCUAUUGCAAAGCUGAUCCUUCCAAGGCAGUCAAAAUCAGUAAAGAACAGGUUUCAAAGUUUUUACCCAUAAUAUUUAUGGAGCAGGUUGUCCGGGUUUAUUACAAAAGUCAGGAUCCACAUAUUAUUUCAGCUGCAAAACAGUACUUUGUUCAGUGGUGUAUGCAGAAUGAUUUCACCAAACCACAGGAUGGUGAUGUUGUUGCUCCUCAUCUAACUCCAAUGAAGAAAACCUGGAAUAACAUGACAAAUGAUGAACACAGGAGAGCCUCAGAACCCAGCUGCAAACAAAGGCUUUCUUUUGAUGAGUAACUGAGUAACAGGUUUCUUUUUGGCACUAUUCAGUCUGCUUCCUCAGAAGAUGAGUAAAUUUGAGCAUCAACUCUUCUAAAAGCUGGUUGGAUGGACUGGAAGAAUUCACACAACAAUGCAGAAUGCAUUUUGCAAUACAGAAUGUUUUAAUGUAGAUACUUAAAGUGCAUAUUCCAGAUGGACUUCUAAAAAACAACUUACUAACACAGAGUAAACUCAGUUCUCAUUUAUUUUUGAAUGUAUUGGCACUGUGUAGCAAGAGUAAUUUAAAAAUUUGCGAUUCACUGUUAUUACAAGAUUUUACUAUUCUGUCUAGUCCUGAUCCCUUCCUUAGCUGUGCUAUUGCAUGACUUAGCAGAAAAAAUCCCAACCCAGGUCUGAUGGGUUUUUUUGGGGAUUGGGGUUUUCUUAGUGCCUGAGGAAGAGAGAGAUGAGUAUGCUUCUGAAAAUACAGUGGGGUAAAGAAGAAAUUACCAAGGGUGGCAUCUUCAAAAUCAGCAAAAUUAUUUCAUUAAAAAAAAAGAAGGGAAAAAAAAAAAAAAAGAAAAAGAAAAAAGAGAGAGGGGAAUCUUUUGAUAAUCAAGGAUUACUUGUCUGGUAUUCAGAAAGCUGGUGCAGGCCUCUUGCUACAAGUGACCACAAUUUUUACUGAAGUACCAAUGCAUUGCAGUGCCAUGCAGCCUUUUAUUGUUUUACUGUUUACUUUUGAUACAUGGAAUGUUAUAUUUUUUACUGUCUGUCCUGCAAAGACUGCUCAAAAGGCCAGUGGUGUGAGUGGUUGCAGGAAGGCCGAGCUGCCCAGGUGUUUGCCAGGGCUGAGGUGUGUAGAGAGGGCAGUGGCAGGAGGGUUCUGCCCUGCUCUGCCCAUCCUGCACCAAGUGCACCUUGGCUCUGCUUCACACUGUACUGGGCAGACAGGCUCAUCAGGAAUCCCUCCAUUCUUGUAUCCUCACCCUGUUCUCCUGGAUCUCAUGGCCAUCCCGGUGUCAUUUUUUUGUCUCUUAUAGAUCUGUGAGGGUUCUUACAGUUUUCCUGUACUGGCAGUACUGGUGUGAGUGUUCUGAAUGUCUGUGCUGUUGAACAAGUGACCGAGGAAGAUCAUUUUCCUCUCAUCUUUUACUCAGGUGUAAGAGGAAGGCUGCUUUCAUUAAAUAAAACCUCAAAGAUUAAAAAAGUCUGACCACAAAACUAAAAACGCGAAGUAAAAUGUUCAGUAAUGCUCAGGGAUUGGAGCGACCUGUGGCCUUUAUAUCUGGAAUGGGGAGAGAGGUGUUGAGCAUCUGACUUGGGCAGUCAGCUGUGGGUGGCCAGAGUAGGUCCUGAAAAAUAACCCAGUGGAAAGGUUAUGAGAGAACUCCAGAACUCCUGCCAUGUCUCCUUUGCCCUUUUUAUCCUGGGAACUGAUGGUGUUAGAGGGAGGGAAAAUGACUAUCUGUAUACUUCUGCUGCCUAUGCAUCUGUGCUCAUGUGUCUGAACGUGUAAACUCUGGUGUUCCUGCCUAACAGUAUUUCAGACCUGCAGGUGAACCAGGUAAUUGGUUAGAAGGGCUUGUGACCUCUUUAAAAAUUUUUAAAAACUUACUAUUCUUCAAGAAACAAUAUCAUAGAGUAAAGGCAUUUAUCUCUCUUGUCUGCAUAAGAUCAAAUAUCAUUUUGAUAUAUUUUGUUCUUGUUGAUUUGGUUUGUUUUUAAUUUGUUACUAACUGUGCACUUUAUACUUGGGAAAGUAUAUGUUAAGCUUAUGUUAAACCAAAAGUUUAUACUUAAUGUUAA